AGUAAAACAAAAAUUAAAUCAAGUGGUUUUACUCUAAUUUAAAUUAUAAUUUGGCUUUUGCACCUUAAUGUGUAAAUACCUAGAACCAGCCCAUUAAAGUAAAUAAUGGAUGUUUCUCGAAGCGAAAUUUAACAAAUUAAGUGUAAUAUAGUUUGUUUAUCAUGAGUUUAUUCAAGGAUCGCAAAAUCUGCAAGUUGUUAGCAAAUGCGGAUAAAAUCAACCAGGAAGGCUACAAAACCAACUUGCUGGAAAAUAAUAUUUAUUCUGGGAGCAAUUCAGGUUCAGUUGAGCGUUAUUCGGCUGAAGAUGAGAAAAAUAAACUUGGAUCCAACGAUUCUAUAUCUAGUUGUAUGACUCAGGUAUCCAUUAAGCACAGAAACGACGAGGUACAAACUGACCCUGACAGUUCCGGGAAUAAUUCAGAAGGUUAUAAAAGGACUAACAAAUCUGACGACAGCACCGAGACUAAGCUUCUUAAAAAAGAUGAGGAUGAGUUAAAGAGUGAGCGAAGUUCGAAGUUGAUCAUUUUUGAUUAUGAUGACACAAUACUACCCACGUACUCUCUAACACUACUACAAAAACCUAGAUUCACCACAAGACUUACUGAAGAGGCGCUUCAGGGUCUAGAGAAACUCAGCGAUGCAGUUUUGGAUAAUCUGAACACUGCGUUAAAUAUCGGAACCAUCGUAAUCGUCACAAAUGCCAGCUCCGAGUGGGUAUCUCAAAGCGUCGACAGAUAUCUGCCUAGAGUUGGAGAAUUCUUAAUUAAGCACAAAAUAAGGAUAAUUUCAGCUAGGGAUAGGUUUGGUAACUCCAUGCUUGCUCAAAAGCACUGGAAAUACUUCAUCUUUAUUGAUCUCAUUGAGGAGCAGUUCAUUCGCCAACUCAAAACUGGCGACUCAUUUUCCUUGAUUUCAAUCGGUGACGGUUCUGAGGAGCGUGAGGCUUGCAUGAAACUCGUUGGAAUUUUCAAAAACCAGGGCUGGACUUUUAAAAAUUUAAAAUUCUUAAAUCAACCCAGCUACAACUGCCUCACUUUGGAGCACAUUCUUCUCCAAAAAUCCUUCAAGAAUUUUAUCGACAUUCAAUCCUCUGCUGAUUUAUGUAUCCAGUUCGACAAAGUCAAUUCCUAA